GAAAAUGAACUAUAUAUGAAAGCCAUAUUCCUAAUCCAUUCUCUCCUCCUCCUUAUAUGGCUCCCAAUUGAAUUCUUGAAUUUUUUCAUAUCCUAUCUACAUAUUUAUUAAGCACAAUGGAUUUCUUGAAUGUCCAAAGUACUCGAAAGAGUCAUCUAAAAUGCCACAAGAAAAGGCUCACCCAAGAUCAAGUGAGGCUCUUGGAGAUCAGUUUUAGCUCCAACAACAAGCUUGAUUCAGAUAGAAAAUCCCAACUUGCUCAGGAACUGGGGUUGCCACCUAGGCAAGUCGCAAUAUGGUAUCAGAACAAGCGAGCGCGAUGGAAGACCCAGAGCCUCGAGGUGGACUACAAGACCUUACAACAAAGACUAGAUACUGCUCUAGAAGAUAAUGAGAAGUUGAAAUUGGAAGUUGAGAGGCUUAGAAAGGAACUAAACAAAACUCAAGAAAUGUUGUUGGGAUUCAACACCCCAACUAAUUAUUCAUCAAUUUCUAGCUCUUGUGAUGAAGUUGGGAGCACUUCAUGUUUGCAGCUUCAUGAUCAAUCCAAGCAUAAUCAUCUUGAUAAGGAGUUUUUUGCUUGUUUAAUUGGUGAUGAAGGACACUUUGGGACACCUAAUGGGCAUAAUUUCUUUACUUCAUCUAUGUCUUGACCAUGAUUAUUAUUAUUAUUAAACUACAUAUGUAUAUGGUAACUAAUUAUUAAGUCCAAAAACGAAGGAUGUUAAUGUGAUAUGUUGUGGUGUUUUCUCAUUUAA